ACUGCUCUCCUACCAGGACAGAGACAAGAGGAAGAAUGAAGGAUCUUUCACUUUUGCUUUUAACGUGUGCAGCUGUUUCUAAUGCUUUUCCCUUCCACCCAGAGAAAGACAACAAAGAAGAUGCAAAGCUUGUACAGGACUAUUUAAAUAAAUUCUAUGCUGUUGAGCCAGGUCCAAAUCAGCUUGGAUGGAAAAUAAAUGCUGAAUCCACAGCUGAAAAACUUCAGAAAAUGCAACAAUUUUUUGGUUUGAAAGUGACUGGAAAACCAGAUACUGAGACAUUGGAAAUGAUGAAAAAACCCAGGUGUGGAGUUCCUGAUGUGGGUCUCUAUGGUGUUACUCUGCCAGGAUGGAAAAAAACCAAGCUAACAUACAGAAUUGUGAACCACACACCAGAUAUGAGCAAAGAGGAUGUGGACAAAGCAAUCGAGAAGGCACUUAAAGUGUGGAGCACUGUCACCCCGCUGAUUUUCACUCGUAUUCAUGAGGGAAUAGCAGAUAUAAUGAUUGCUUUUGGGACCAAAGCUCAUGGACAUUGCCCUCGUUAUUUUGAUGGCCCCCUUGGUGUCCUCGCUCACGCCUUUCCACCUGGCAAUGGUUUUGGUGGUGAUGUGCACUUUGAUGAGGAUGAAGAUUGGACCACAGGCUCAGCUGGGUUCAACUUGUUCCUUGUUGCUGCUCAUGAGUUUGGCCAUGCCCUGGGUCUCUCCCAUUCUAAUGACCAGAGGGCUUUGAUGUUCCCCAAUUACGCCUACAUCAGCCCCAGCGAAUUUCCCCUCUCUCCAGAUGAUAUAAGUGGCAUUCAGUCCAUUUAUGGAUCUCCACCAAAUACCCCAGAUAAAAGGCCAGCCACCCCUACCUCGCCUAAAACCUGUGGCUCCCAGAUAUCUUUCGAUGCUAUAACUACACUCCGAAGAGAAGUCAUUUUUCUAAAGGGCAGGCACUUAUGGCGAGUCUAUCCUGAUAACUCAGAAGUUGAACGUGAAUUAAUUUCUACCUUCUGGCCAACUCUGCCACCUGGUAUUGAAGCUGUAUAUGAGAACACAAAAGAUCAGAUCCUAUUUUUCAAAGGCAAUAAAUUCUGGGUUAUCAGUGGAUAUCAGGUGUUGCUUGGUUAUCCAAAGAAUAUCAACACACUGGGCUUCUCUAAAGGUGUCAAGAAAAUUGAUGCAGCUGUUUGUAAUAAAAAUACAGGGAAGACAGACUUCUUCAUAGGUGACAAGUACUGGAGGUUUGAUGAAAACAGCCAGUCCAUGGAGAAGGGUUAUCCUAGACAGACAGUCGAUGACUUUCCAGGAAUUAGCCAGAAGAUUGAUGCUGUUUUCCAACAGAAAGGAUUAUUCUACUUCUUCCAUGGAUCGAAGCAGUGGGAGUUUGACCCUACUGCUAAAAAAGUUAUCCGCGAAAUAAAGAGUAACAGCUGGUUUAACUGUUAACAUCAUUAAACUUUCUUACACACAGCAAAUGAGAACAAAGAUAAUUCUAGAUUUCUUAAAGGUUGUUCAUAUAGACACUACUAUACAGGCAACAGGACUAGUUUUCAUAUAUGUCUACUAUUUUAAUAAAUCAGCUUGUCAGCUCUAAUUCUAUCUCCAAAGGCUAGAACAAAACUGUAUUUUUUCCCCUGAUUAAGUGCAAAAUGUCCAACAUAAUUUAUUAUUUUAUACUCCAGAUGGGUUUUCAAAUACUUUGGCAAUAAACGGUUUUAGGUUGAUGUCAA